UAGCAAAAAUAGCUAAACUUGGCAAUACAUGUCAAACUACAAUUUCAUUUAUUACGAACUUUCGUUACCUAACUAAAAAGGAAUGAAAUGAGCAAAAAAUAGUUUGAAAUUGUGUUGGGAUCUUAUACUUUAGCUUUUGGUUAUAAAGUUGAAAUUGGUGUAGGUACGUUGAUUAUGAGAUAUUAUAGGAUUUGACAGUCGCCCAGCGAGUUCAAUGUUUUUGCUCUUUCUUUCCAAAAUGCAGGUGAAUUUUCUGCUUAAAAUAAUACUGAAGACUAAACAUACCCUAAUCUAAAGAAUUGCGUGGGGGAUGAGAGUCUACGGCACUGAAAUAAAAUUUACGUGAACUCUCCUGGCGAGUCGGUGGCACUGAAUGUGUUAAAUUUUCGGAACCCUCCUCAAAUUGCAUAGCGAUACCUUUGGGUAGAAAGGACGUAUAAACCAAAAUCCGACUUUUUUUACAAAAAAAAAUCAUACCUUUUUUGUUUUCGAAGUCAUAAAAAAAUUAUCUAUGGGAAAAGUUACAAUUUGCGAAUGAAAAAGGUUGAAUCAUCAAAACCUAUCUAUCCUCGUUAGUUUUAAAGUUAGCUUGGAUUUACAUCUAAGAAAACAUCAAUUGUUGGUUAAUACACCCCAUGAAUAACGCACUUAAAAAAUAUGUACUUAUAGGUCGUAUAUUAAUUUUUGGUAAGCAUUCACUGGCGUUAAAUCCCAUACACGAAGUUUUUAUCGUAUUAAAAACCAUUUAUAAUCAUAGAUUAAUUGUCUCUGUACCAUACAUGGCUCAUGAGGGUGCUGGAGUUGUAUAAAAUAGAUGCAACUCUACGCGCCUACUUGCAGUCAUGUAUGAGGCAAUGGAGUAUUGUGCUUUGCUAUCCGGGAUGUAAACAAAUCCAAGGGAGUGAGGCACCUGUAAGGAGUAGAGCGCUCUCCACAAAUGAUACUUACAAGCACCUGGGUAGGUAUGUCAGAAGAAUUAGGCAUCAAUGGAUCGGACAUGAAGCAAUCAUUACGGGAACGCUUCUUUGGCCGCCUGAAUAAAGUGCUGAAAAGUUCAUUAUCAGGCGGAAACAAGGUGUGAGCCUAUAACGGUUGGGUCAUGCCGGUUCUGAUGUAUUCUUUUGAUAUACUCAAGUGGACUCAAACUGAACUUGAUCCUCUUAUAUUAAUUAGAGAUCACACAAACAAGGUUACUUGUACUUGCUUUAAAACGAAAGGACAACAAAUUCACUCAUUCUGAACUAGAAUAUUAAAUAGUGCCUUUCUAGGGCACAUUUAUCUGGGCUCGCUGUCAUUGCAGCGGUAAGUCCCCUGUUUGAGAAGUGGCUAGAGAGGCGCCACGGCGUCCUCACCUACCGCCUGACACAGGUGCUUACCGGACAUGGGAGUUUGGGUAGGUUCUUGUUUCUGAUUGGGCCGGAGGAAACGCCCGGGUGUCAUCACGGUGCGAGACUUGGACUUGUUUACAGGAUGUUUUUGAUGGUAGGUACAGUAUAUACAUAUAUUGAUUAGAUAAGUGAGUUGAUUAAACAUGAACUGACACGAGAAACAUGAAGCGGUCUCGCGAAUGGAGCGCGAGCGCCUCGCACAGCUGGCAGGCGGGCGAGGCCGGGCCGGCGGCGGGCGCGGGGUGGCGCGGGGCGCGAGCGGCCGGCGGCGGGCUGGCGCGCGGCUCCGGGCGGUGUCUGCGAGCGGCGAGCUGCCCCCCGCCGCGGGCCGCGCCGGCUCAGUAUCGCGAGCGAGCCCGCCGCCGCCGCCGCACCGAUUGUGUCGGGCCCGCCGACCCUGCUAGCGACAUGGAGCACUUCAUCGAGACCGUUCGCAAGUACCCGUGCCUGUGGAACACUACAGCAAUCGAGUACCGUGACCAAGAGCUAAAGGAUGCGGCUUGGGCCGAGGUGAUGAAGGAGACGGACUUGGCGUCAGUGAAAGAAGUCAAAUUAAAGUGGAAGAAGCUGCGGGACAGCUACCGAGACGCGCUGAAGAGACAGAGCGAGAUGCUGGCCAAGGACCCUGCCAACCCCGCCAAGAAGAACUACCCCUGGAAGUACAUGGGGCUGAUGCAGUUCUUGCAGCCGUACAUGAGCAACCGCAAGAAGCCCGCGGGCUCGCCGAGCUACCCCGCGCCGCAGCAGGCCGCCGAGAACGGCCAGUCGUCGUCCGAGUCCGAGUCGGACGCGGAGUCCGCGCCCAAGCGCAAGAACUGCAGCAGCAGCUCGCAGCUGGCCGUCAUCGACCGCAAGCUGGACUACCUGUGCAAGGCCGCGGCCGCCAAGCGGAGCUGCCCCGAGGGGGGCGCGGGGGCGCAGGCCGCGCCCGCGCACCCCGACCCGCUCGACAUCUUCUUCAACAGCAUGUGCCAGUCCACUAAACGCUUCCCCUUCCCGACGCAGAUCAAGAUAAAGAAGAGCCUGUUCAACGCCGUGAUCGAGGCUGAGGAGGCGCUGCUGGCGGAGCAGGCGAGCUACGCCAGCCUGUGGGCGCAGGAGGCGGGCUCGUCCUCCAGCAGCGAGCCCAGCGACGACGAGCGCAAGCCUUCCUGAGCAUCGCCGCGCUCCCCCCCCACCUGACACUUCGCGGCGGACUGGAGCAGCAUGUCGAGCAUGCCACCACUUUAUUACGGAACGAGUUAUUGGAAUAGAAUCUGUCUUAAUUAAUUCUUAAUACAUUUUAAUCCUGACUCGGAUCAAUUUAUGUUAAAAUGUUACAAUGCGGUUUCAAGUUGUCAGACUUUAUUGUGGACAGGGUCGUAGGACUCGUAUACAACCUUAUUUGUGCACGACUACACGCGCCGAGUGACGCGUACAAUAGUCGGUGCGCGUUGAAUCCCUGCGAUGCCUGCAGCAUGUGCCGCCACACGCUCCUCGCGGGAGCUGUGUUCAGACAUUGCAGGAGAUAAACAUUUGUGUUUGUACCUUCCCGCGGCAUUGUUUGCCUCCAAGUUGGUUACGUAACAAGCAGUCAAACUUUCGACCCCUAUAUGUCAUAGUACAUAAAAGGCCGGCAACGCACCUGUGACUCCUCUGGUGUUGCGGGUGUCCAUGGGCGGCGCUGAUCGCUUACCAUCAGGUGACUAGUUUGCUCGUUUGCCUCCUAUUCCAUAAAAAAAGUACCUUACAAGUCAUUAAAAUUUCAGAAACACGUUGUUUUUUUGUUUAAUGUCAUAUACUUUGUUCCUUAAAUAAGAAAUACUGCAAGUGUCAUACAAAUUCGUGAAUUAGUUUACACCAUGGAUGCACAGACCGCGGCCCGCCGGUCGAAUCCUGGUGGCCCGCCGACAGCAAAAAUAAAUUGCUACAAGUAAAUUUGAGCCAAAUAUGAAAAAGAUUGUAAGCACUAUGCAGUGCGACGCCUCAAAUUAAUAAAUUCUUUUGAAUUUUAAUACAUUAUUAUCAAUUCUUCAUUAAUUACCUAUACUUCUGCGGCCCGCAAUCCGUUCAUAAUUUGUCCGAGUGGUGCCCCUAGUCUUAAUAAGUCUGUGCAUCCCUGGUUUACACGCUUAUUUCAUUCGGGAUAGGAAUCCAGAAUAUACUUUGAUACCUUAUGCUCUUUUACCAAAAAUACUGUACUGUACUUGAUACCAAAAAAUGUAGUCAAUGAUCACGUAUGAUGGCAGCCCCACAUGGUAAGCGGCUAGGCGCCUAGGUUAUGGCGCGUUUACAUUAGGUCGGUCGUAGGUCGGUCACCGAAGGCGGCGGCCGCAUUCGGUUUUACAGAAACCGAAUUAAUACGGCCAAACGAAUAUCUGUUUAUAAUAGUUGGUGACCGAAUACGGCCUGCAGCCGAAUACGGUCUAACCGACUAAUGUAAAUACGCCAUUAGGUUAGCGCGAUGAAAUCUAUAAUAGUUUACUUCCCGUAUUUUACCCGACUGCCAAGGAAGGGAAGGACCCAUUAAAUAAACUAGACUAAAAUCAUUCAAUAUGGGUCCCGACUGUUGCACUCAAUUAUGUUUCGCAUAAGAUUAUUAUGUUUUGUGUAUUGAUUAUGAAAUUAUUUAAUUUUGUGGUAAUAGCAUUGCUAUCUACGCUUUUAGACUAAGCUUGUUUUUUACUUUUCAGUUUUUAUUUAAAGUGUUCUUUAUGCAGUCGGGUUUUUUAAUUUUUUAAAUUAAUUUAUUUUUAUUCAAAAAUGAGUGUCUAAACAAUAAAGUGAAUCGGUCCGAAUUUCAUGUUUGUAGCAUUAGAGUGCCCUCGGCGUUGAUGAAUCAGCCAAUCAAUUAGUCAUUCCUUUCAUGGGACAAGCCCGCAACCUGCUAGACCCGCAGCAACAUCAGGCAGGACAAGUUAUUUCAUAAGUAUCAAUGGACAUCAAGCUAAAUACUUUGUUUGUACGCUAAUCUCCGGAGCUACUGGCUUGGAUAGUCCAUUUAUCGAAGAAGGCUACCAAAGAUAUGAAACAUGUACGUAGUUUGAGUGGCGUUGUAUGCUUGUUUUAUUUUGUGUAGCAAAUAAUAAGACUGUACCAUUCAUUGUACAAUAAAUAAUUAUUUUAUUUCUAAAAAUAAAAA